GGGGCGAUCGCGGGGCGGCGGCGGCGGCGGGGCCGGGCCGGGCCCGGCGAGGCCGCGGGGCCAUGACCGAGUACAAACUGGUGGUGGUGGGCGCCGGCGGCGUGGGCAAGAGCGCUCUGACCAUCCAGCUCAUCCAGAACCACUUCGUGGACGAGUACGACCCCACGAUCGAGGACUCGUACCGCAAGCAGGUGGUGAUCGAUGGUGAGACGUGUCUGCUGGACAUCCUGGACACAGCGGGGCAGGAGGAGUACAGCGCCAUGAGGGACCAGUACAUGAGGACAGGGGAGGGCUUCCUCUGCGUGUUCGCCAUCAACAACAGCAAAUCCUUCGCCGACAUCAACCUCUACAGAGAACAGAUCAAGAGAGUGAAGGACUCGGAUGACGUGCCCAUGGUGCUGGUGGGGAACAAGUGUGAUCUGCCCACGAGAACAGUGGACACAAAACAGGCCCAAGAAUUGGCAAAAAGCUACGGAAUCCCCUUCAUAGAGACCUCUGCAAAAACGAGACAGGGUGUGGAAGAUGCUUUUUACACCCUGGUGAGAGAGAUCCGGCAGUACCGGAUGAAGAAGCUCAACAGCAGCGAGGAUGGGAACCAGGGCUGCAUGGGACUGUCCUGCCUUGUCAUGUGAAAAGAUGCCAAGAAAACGUGGUUCAGGUGCAGCUGCUGGACGAGCCUCGAUCUCCUGUGCUGCCUCUCCUGCUGAUGCCUGCAGUGUUUUGGUGCCAGUGCCAGACUCUGGGCACCAGAGUUAAUUAGCACAAGAUCCUUCUCCGUGCUCCAUCUGAAGAGAACAUCCAUGGCAUCUACCUCCCUGCUCAGCUCACCGAGCAGCAGCAGCUCUGGAUGUGCUGGGAUUCUUUCCUCACUGUGUUACCUGGGUUUAUUCAAGAAGAAAACCAGUCACAAAAGUGAACUAUAGAGACUAAAUGCUGUGAAAAAGAUGACACUUUACCUCUAGAGUAAAAGCUAGAAGUGCUGUGUGUCCCCUGUCUGUUGGAUUCCGUGCAGUGCUGUCAGAGGAGUGGCACAGAGCAAUGUCACACGGGGUUGUGCCACCAGGAGUGCCCCUGUCCCCUCAGCUGGGUGUCUGCCCUCUGUGCACCUGUACAGCAGAAGUGCAACAUCUCCAGUGCCAGGAGUGCCACCUACCUGAUCCUCCAUUUCUGUAAUAAAAAGGAAAAUCUUUCCUAACUAAGUGCCUGUUUGCUAAGAAGAUUUCAAGUUGUCCCUUGGGUUGAGGAAAACCCCAAGGACUGGAAUUUCUUGGGAGCUCAUUGUCUCAAGCAGGCAAGUGUGGUGUGGGUGAUCUGUGCCUGACAGGGUCCUUCAGCAGGAAUCUGGAGGCUGGAAGGUCCAGCAGGCACCUGUGAGACUCUUGGAUAAGGGAGGGGACACACUGCAUCUGUGUUUUACUUUCUUUGUGGGUGGAACAGUUUAUAUUCAUAUUGUUUUCCUGCAGCGUUGAGAUCUCUUCCAAGUUGGACCAAACCUGUCAGCUGUUCAUUUUUAACAUGAACUGCCAACAUUUCUGGGCAGCUUCUCACUAAUUAAUCUGGUAACUGGAGGUUGCUUUGGACAGCUGCUAUUCAGCUCUCUCUGUAAUUUGCAAAUUGUUUUAUUCUGAGUUAUUUUCUUACCACAGACUGUAAAGAGUCUCUUCAAAAUGUC